UUUGUGGGGUCUAAAAGCCUUCGUGUACCACUCGUAAUGGAAGAAAGGAUGAGAAGCAGACUUGAUAAGCCUGUAACUUUGCAUUUUGGUCCCUAUUGGGCUUGGGGCACGAUGAAACAUCGGAUACAACGUCUCUACGGCCUAAUAACAAAACUGGAAGAAUUAGGAUACAAUGUGAGGCUUGAUCCUUAUGAUAUCUGGGACCAACUUGAAAUCACAGUUAAUGAAGUGAUAAUCUUCAAAUGUCGACAGACAUUUUUAAAAUAUAACUGUGAACAUGAUGAAGACCCUGUAUGCAGGAGAGCAGUUGAAGCUGUGACAGAGAUGUAUCCAAAAAUAAUUACUGCUGCACUAGCUGUGGAAAAAGUUGAAGAAUUACCACCAGAAAGUCAUCCAGCAGUUGCAGUUCUGUAUGAUCUCAUCAAUUCCCUUCCAUUACCAGAGACUCCAGUGGAAGAAGUCCUGAGGACACUGUUGGAGUCUCUGCCACUCAUUGACACUAUUCCAGAAUCAAUUAUUUAUUCCCUCCUAAAGACACUUUGGCUCUCUGACAGUGUUCCAGAGGGAAUGAUUCUUGAACUGGUACGUAAAAUUCCGACAUAUGCUCCAGAUGCUGCUUUAAGUGCAUUGAUGGAAUCUGUCAUGCAGAGUGCUGCAAAGUAUCCUCCACAUGCAAUUUUACGUGAAAUGCUUCGACGGCUGCCAAUACCGACAAAAUGCAAAUGCAGAGAAAAGAAACAGCCACCACCAAAAAUGCGUGUUACACCAAUGGUUUGUACAUGUAAAUCAUUAAGUGAAAUAGAAGUAAGUGACAUAAGAAUUAGUGAAACAGGGAUAACUGAAAGAGCAAGAAGUGAAACAGCAAUAAGUGAAAUGAGAAUAAGUGGGACAGGGAUAAUCGAAAUGACAGUAAGUGAAACAAGAGCAUCUGAAACAGAAGAAGACAAAACGGACAAAACAAAAGUCAACGAUGAACCAGAAGCAACAAGGCAUGUCAGUUGGGUCGGUGAAGAAGACAGUCCAUAAACAAAAUUAGCAGGAAAAUUGUGGCUAACUUUAGGAUUCUACUAAAAAGCACUCUCGCCUUUUUGCUAGAUAUUUCACUUAAACUGA